GAGAAAUCGUGAAUGAUACAGCCCCCGUAAAACCUCAGUCGAAGAAGAAAAAGGCGGAAGUUAGCAACGCUUCGAGGCGACGGGAGACAAAGGACGACGACGACGACGAAUAAGUGAAAUCGAGUUCAGAACAUUCAAAGUGUUGGAAGAGUCGGCGAAGGAGCGACCAAUGGCAGCAGCUGAUGAAAUAUUCGGGCUGUUAGAAAGAACGAUAGCGUCGUACGAGGAGGAACUUUCUCAAACAAGAGAGAAGAGCGAGCGUCAGCAGCUGGAAGCUGUUAGCAAGACUCAAAUUGUACUAGAUAAUGAAGACGUCCAGCAGCUGAUUGGUCGUCAAGAUGGACAUCCCCCUCAACCGCAGGCAGGGAGCCCCACUUUGAAGCAGGAGGAUCCCCAGCCCUCCCACAUUAAAGAGGAAGAGGAGGAACUCCACAUCGGUCAGGAAGGAGAGCAUCUUCAAGGGCCGGAGGAGGCUGAUCUCACCAAGUUGCCACUGUUUAGUGUCUCUGUGAAGACUGAAGAACAUGAAGACAAACCACCUGAAUCCCCACAGUGUCAUCACAGUCCAAGUGAGGAAAAGAGAGUGGCGGAGCCUCCGAGCAACAGCUCAACUCAACACAUGACAACAGAAGUUGAUGGAGACCACUGUGGAGGAUCACGAGCUGACAACCUCUUAGCUCCACUAUCAGAUAGUGACGACACAACGCCCCACUCUCCUGAGAAUGAAGACCAAAACGACACCCGAGAAGCUUUGAGCAACGAUGCAAACUAUGAAGGUGAUAUGACUCACACGGUCGACAAACACUCUGAAUGCUCUCAAAAGAAGACAGGUAAAAAAUGUUUUUCCUGCCCCUUUUGUGAUAAAAGCUUUUCUGAUAAGUUUGGCUUGACUCGACACAUGCGGGCACACAAAGGAGAGAAACCCUUUAGUUGCUCAGUCUGUAAUCAGAAUUUUUCUCGGAAUGAUAUUUUGAUUAAACACAGAACAACACACACAGAAGAAAGGCCCUUCAUUUGUUCAGUUUGUGGUAAAGGAUUCUCCACAAAGUCAAACAUAACCAUACACAUGAGAACACACACAGGGGAAACACCAUAUUCCUGUUCAGUUUGUGCUAAAACAUUUACACAGCACAACAGUUUGACAGCUCACAUGCGCACGCACACCGGAGAAAAACCUUUUGGUUGCUCAGUUUGCGAUAAAAGGUUCUCUACAAAGUCGAAUAUGGUCAAACACAUGAGAACGCACACAGGAGAAAAACCUUUUAGUUGCUCAAUAUGUGGCAAAACGUUAAUCUCAAAGGCCUCUUUGACUGGACAUCAACGGACACAUACUGGAGAAAAACCUUUUAGUUGCUCAGUUUGUGGUAAAAUGAUCUCGUCAAAGUCAAGUAUGGUGAAACACAUGCGAACACACACGGGAGAAAAACCAUAUUCCUGUUCACUUUGUGCCAAACCAUUCACUCGGCAUGACAAUUUGAUGGCGCACAUGCGACUACACAAUAGACAAUAAAUGUUUUCCUGUCCAGUAUGUGUUACAAGAUUGUCAAACCAUAGGAUUGUAAUGUCAUGUGUGAGACGUCACCUAUAAAGUGCUGCGUGUGUGAUACCAAAUUCCCUCAUGAGUUCCAACUUGGUGUGCAGCUACAAACAGCAGCUAUUUUAUUGCCAAUCCAUCAUUAUCACUAUUACUAUCACUGCUAUAAUGAGUACUAUGAUACACCAAUCAUCAUGAAAUGUGUUUGUGUUGUGACAGUUUUGUAUAUCGCUUUAA